UCGAGGAGUGAGAAAGUGCGGUUAUUCGCGCUUGCUAAAACGUUAGCCGUCAAUGUUUAGCGUGGAGGCAAAUCUUCGAUAUUACACAUUGUUUUCUUUGAAAGAGCGAAGUACUUAAUUUAUUGCACUUCUAUCUUCAGUUAUAACAGGAGGUAUCAGUCAUGGAGGACGUCGAUUGGAGAGAUUUGCUGGUUAUAGCUGCAUACUUUGUCCUGGUGCUUGCAGUUGGACUGACGGUCACCUUUCUCGCCAGUAAGCGCAAUGUGAAAGGCUACUUCCUGGCUUCCCGGGAGAUGCUCUGGCUACCGGUGGGUGCCUCUCUCUACAUGUCCAACAUCGGCAGUGAACACUUCAUAGGACUGGCAGGAACGGGAGCAGCGUCCGGAAUAGCCAUUGUCAUGUUCGAAUUCAGCUCAGCAGUGCUGGUCGUCAUCCUGGGAUGGCUCUUCAUGCCCCAUUAA